UCAGAGGCGAGCAGAGAUGUGACGUUCAGUAACCGGCUCUGAGAAUAAAGAGGAGGGCACCUGCAACACAGACUCAGAGAGAGAGAGAGACCCAGAGGGGGCGCAGCCGGGAACCGGGCACUUACAGUGGGCACAGAGAGAGGGAGAUCUGUUCACGUCUCCCAUCCAGAUCGGACACCGGCGUGAACAAAGCGGGGAAGACAAACUGCUGGGAAAGGAGUGUCGGAAACAAGUCAGUGUUUAACUUUCCCGGAGCGGAGCCUCCAGCGAGGAUUCAAUUUGACAACAUGAUACUGCAGGUGAAGUUUAUGACCGGUGACAUUGUCACACUUGAGAUCAAUCCUUCCAUUCAAGUGUCAGCUCUCAAGAUGAUGAUAUAUGAGAAGACCAAGGUACCUGUUUACCAACAGCGUCUGGUGAUACAAAACGGGAACACUCAAGAGCUGAAGGACAACAAGAGACUGUCUGACUACUGUGUCCCUCCCAGUAACACUGUCAUGCUGAUCGUCAAGAAUGAGGAGCGCAUUCAGAUCUUCCUGCAGAAUGACAAGGGAAAACUUUCUACAUACGAUGUUCGUCCCUCUCAGUCUGUUGAGGAAUUUAAAGCACAAGUCCAGCGACAGGAGCGUGUCCCAGCCAAUCAGCAGCGCCUGAUGUACGAUGGGAAACAGCUGGAGGAUGGUCGGUUACUCUCUGACUACAAUAUUCAGCCAGAGAGCACCAUCUUCCUCUUGCUGCGUUUGCGGGGUGGCUCACUGUGACAGCACCAAUACACAAUCAGUGGGAGAUGUUCCUCAAAACUGUUAUCAAAAUCUACUGCUGUAUUCCCCCAAUUAUACAAUUCCUAUGCUGUUAGGGAUCACAGUUAGUAAGUGGCCUUUCAGCUGUCACUCUGCUCUGUAUUAUAUGUACUGAUGCCCAUGUUCCUGAUGUGUACAAACAGGCCUUAGCCAGCACUUGCAAACAGCAAGAGAUACGUCAGGAGAGGGAGGGGAAAAAAGAAUGUGAAAUGGGAACUGGCAAGUAUUUUUUAUUGAAUAAAUGUUAUCAAGGGGUACUGAACCUUUUUCCUUUGGACCUGGAUUCAGAUAAAACCCAACUUCCCUCAGUCUGCAGUUUGCAGGGAACUUAACUGAAAUAACUGGGGUCAGUAAGUCACAACAUUCACAUUCUCACAGCAUUGAAAUUAUUCUUUUUUUGCUUCUAAUUGACAUCAGUGAGCUGUGCCUCAGGAUGGUUGCUACAUGAAUAAAGAAUGGGAUCACUUUUUGUUAUUCAUUGAAACGUACCUAAAAUAACCGUGCGGAAUGGAUGGUCAAAAUGGUUAUCAAAUUUACUUACGUUUAUUAACAAUGGUGUUGAAUAUUUUACAAAUAUUUGUUUUUGCCUGAUUAAACCUGAUUGUAUAACAUACUUACAUGUAAAUAAUAUUGUUAAGCUA